GAAGAACCAGCCUGAGGGACUGUCUCUGAUGAAGGUUCUGAAGUCUCCUCGUUUGUUUUGGAAACUUUUACUGACAAUUAUUUACGUGUAGUUUUCACCGAGGUUUGUAUUAGAGUCGGAAGAUGAAAUCCACAAGACGAUAGUUCGGAUCUAAAACUCAGCAGCAGAUAUCCCCGAAGCAGGAUGCCUUUCCGUUUCUGCCCCCAGUGUGGGACGAAGUUGCAGCCUGGUUUCAAGUUUUGUCCAUCCUGUGGAGAGCAGCUUCCUUGUCCCACUGAUGAACCAGGAGCUGUGAGCUCAGCGGCUUCUUUAGGUUCCUUUUUGAACAAAGGAGAUGAAGGAGCAACAUCUGUUCGGAAAGAAACCCGCAAUUCAGGCACAAGCUGUGAGCCAAUAGAAAGCAAGGCCCAAGCAUGUUUCACGUCACUUUCAGUAUCAACUCGUCCUGCACUGCGAAAGACUCGUAACUCGCUGCAACUGGACAACUUCAAAGAUGCCACUCCACCUGUGGUGCCGUCCACUCAUCCUGUCAGAGAUGAUAAUGCCGUCAGGUUGCAAACAUCCUCACCAAAGCAGCACAAAGUCUCUUUCAAAGUCAACGCUGAGGUAGAACCAACUUUAGAGACUUCAACUUCUACUGCUGUUAAAACUCCUCGGCCUGUCAGGGGAAAGGGCAAACUCUCCAGUCCUGCUUUGAAGCAGGUAGAAGAAGGAAAAAAGCCGACUGAUAAAACAUGUGAGAAAGCAGAGGGAUCGACAGUCAGCGGCUCUCCUUUCAGAUCACCAGUCACCUCACCAAUCUCCAGGUCUCCUUUUAAAGCGACAGGAAAAAGCAAAGCUAAGAAGGCAAAGCAUGCGUCCGCUGUGGAGCCGCUUCAGGAAGGCGAGGAGGUGAUAGACACGUCGGGCAAGAAGUGGAAACUGAUGAAACUGCUCAGUCAAACCCCGACGGAAAUCUUCUACGAUGUUUUUCAAACAGCUUCACAAUCCAAGGAGUCCAAUCACAUUCUCAAACUGGGAGCUAAAGAUGGACGACUCUUCAAUGAGCAGAACUUUCUGCAGAGAGCUGCUAAACCUGCAUCUGUGGACAAGUGGAUCAAACAAAACAAGAUGGAUUUUCUGGGGAUUCCUUCCUGUGUCGGCUUUGGUCCUCAUGCAGAUUCCUACAGAUUUCUAAUUGUCCCAAACAUGGGCCAAUCUCUGCAGUCUGUCAUUGAUGAAGAUGAUGGUCUGGCUGAGAAAUCUGUUCUUCAGCUCGCCUGUAGACUAGUAGAUGUUCUGGAGUACAUCCAUUCAAACGAGUACGUUCAUGCUGAUAUCAACGCAGAAAACAUCUACAUCAGACCAGGACAGACAUCACAGGUUUAUCUUGGAGGAUACUGCCAUGCUUUCAGGUACUGUCCAGGAGGCCAACAUGUGGAGUACCGAGAAUUAAGCAGGACGCCACAUGAGGGCAACAUCGAGUUCAUCAGCCUGGACGCUCAUAAAGGAGCAGCGCCGUCCCGACGCAGCGACCUGCAGUCACUGGGUUACUGCAUGCUGCGAUGGCACACAGGUCCGCUCCCGUGGAGUGACCUCAGUCAACCAGAGCAGGUCGCCCCCCACAAACAGAGGUACAUGGAUGAUGUCCCUGCAUUGUUGAGUCACUGCUUUGGGAGGACGAGAGUUUCCAGUGCAUUUCAAAGCUUCCUGACUGCAGUGAUGGCUCUGCAGUACUCUGAGCAGCCCGACUACUCAGCGCUGAAGGCCGGGCUCAGUUCAGCCUUACUGCAUAUGGGGGGGUCACAGGAGCAGCCACUGUGUUUUUAGACAGUCGAGACAGUGGCGUCCAAAUCCAGCCGUCAGAGCUGUUCGUGGUUGGUGUGUGUGAGUGUGGAAGUUUCAGACUGAUAGUAUCCACUGGUCCGAUUCAUAAUCUAACAUCCAUUAAGAAUCAUUUCAUCUUAAUGACGUACAGUAAUUGAUCGAUCAUCUGACAAACCCUUUACCGGUGCCUUUGUUCUAAGCAGGAAGUUUACUUGUAGUCAGCGUUUGAUGUUAUAACUUUGAUCAUUAUGAUAUAAUUUUGCGUCGUUUUAUCAUAACAUUUUUUGUGUGAUCAAUUUAUAAGAGAAUUUUACAACAGAAUACUCUUUGAAGCUAAGUUGCUUGAGUGUGAGCCACUUUCAGAUUUCACCAGAGGUUCUGUCCUACUUUCAGUUUGUUGAUUUGGGAAACAUAACUCUCAAUACUGAAAAAUGUAUUCUGUAUUAUUUUUCAAUCAGCUUCUGAACUUCUCACUGAGCCCGUCUGUCUGUGCUGCUCAGGCUGAUAAAUUCAAGAUAAAAUGAUGCCGGAAAGUAACAGAAAAGUUGAACAACCAAUGUUCAUGUGUUAAUGACUCACAUGUAGUAGGAGCUGUGUUCCUGAUCCAAAUAUGGAUCUAUGCAGCUAUCAUUUGAGAUGGGUAAAUAUAGUGUUAAGGACAAUUCAUUAGUCUUGACAUUAGAGGGGACAUGUCCUCACUGUCCACAUCCAAAUAUACACCCAUCCAGGUACAGCCUCCACCAGCCUAGCAGAAACAGGGGCAUCUCUGUAGCAAAGGAAUUCAAGUGCAAAUCUUGCAUUCUGUGUGACAAUAACAUGCUGUAUUAAAAUAUGUCUACAUUAUUUAUUUUUAGAGAAAUUGAACAAAAUUAGUUUGGAGAAGGACUUUUUUUUAAUUUAAUCUAGUUUUAUCUGUAAUGUUUUAUUGCACUGAAAGCUGAGUUGUAGAUUUUAAUUUGUGACAAAAUGACACCACUGCUUUAUCGUGUUGGGUUUUAGUAUUGUAAAGGUAAUGGAGGAGGGAUUAAAUUUGUUAAAUUUUGAUGGACAUGUUUUUGGUGACAUUGAGACACUGGUAGUUUUUGAAUAUCUCACAAUGUUUUCUGGUUUUUAAACAUUUUGCUUGUUAAACGGUUGAUACACUGACUUUUUGACCUGUGAAUAUGAGGUCAGAGCAUGAUGGAUGGUAAUGUCAUUUCCUUUAGAUGAGCCAACAAACAACUGCUCAACUCUCACUUUUAUGUACUUGUAACUUGUUUGAAUAAAGUGGCUGCAUUUCUUUUUCA